AUGUAUGAUUAUAUUAAUUCAUUACCAGGUCAACCACGUCGUUAUGAUGAUUCGUCUAUUUUUCGUGCAUUUCAAGCAAAAUUCAAAAAUGAUCAAACAGUUGAAAAUGAAUAUAAAGAACAUUUUGAUAAAAAUAUAGAUGAAGAAACAUAUGAAUUGUUUUAUCAAUGGAUUUUCAACAAAGCCAGACUGUUAAACAUUUCGAUUCAUUAUUUGUUAUCCUUUUUAUAUAUUAAAAAAAUAAGAAAUCUUACACAUCACUGUGAUGUUCAAGAUUUUUUUCGAGAUAGUCGAACAACUUUUCGAUAUACAAUAAUUGAUUUAUUAUCGAAACACGAUAUUCAAGAUGUUAUGACCCAAGAAGAAGUUCAAGCAUUAGAUCGAAUUUUUGAAACAUAUUAUGCAGGAAAACUCAACGAUGUACGACAAUUACAAGAACUAGCUGGUGCUGAUGCUAUAAUGGCACAUAUAUUAGCUGAUGAUGUCGAAGCACAUUCACAUAUUCGUCUUGCAUUUGAUUCUAAUGAUGAAAUUGAAAUUUUAGCAGUAAGUCGUGAAUUAUCAAUAUCAUUAAUGACAAAUGAUACAACAGAAGAAUUUCUUCUAAUAGCUGUUUCAGCAUUAACUCGAUUAGCUGUUAGAAGCCAUUUUGAAAUAGGUGAAACAGUAAAAUUUUUUCUUGGAUUUCUUAAAUUUGAACCAUGGGAAAAUUGUCAUAAACUUAUACUUCGUCAUGUUGUUCCUAUUUUUCGACGUGCUCCAAUUAUUUGGCUCGAUUCUACAACAGAAGAUCUCAUUGCAUAUGCAAAUAAUAGUGAUGAUGAUUGUGUAGGAUUACACGUUUUACGUAUCAUUGAAGCACUUAUUAAUCGUGGUGGCUAUAUCUCUCCAACAUUUAUGUCAGCCAUUCAAUCAAAUAAUCUUAAAGAAUUACAAGAUACAUUAAGUUUAAUUGAACAACCAUCAAGAUUAUAUAAUGAUAGUGCACAAAAUUUUGUACAUUCACUUUUUACAACAUGUUCUAAUGUUGAAGCUAAUGAAACAAUACAAUUACGCCAUUUAUUAGCAAAUACUUCAUUAAAUGAUGAUGUUCGAACAAGAUUAUCCAUUGAUGAUAAUGAACAUUCAACUUAUGCUAUAUUUGAUUUUGAACAUGCUCAUUGUGAUAUGCGUUCAUCAAUAAUUCAUCAAUUUUAUGAACCUAUUCAUACCAUGUAUCAAUAUGAUUUAGAAAUGAUUAGUUUUGAUUUACUUGGAAAAGGAAUGCUUUCUAUGAUGGCUAAACGUUUUUCAGCAAUUAGUUCAAAAAUUAUUUAUAUUCAACAAUCAUGUUUUGAUGGUGAUACACAAACAUUAUGGUGUUUAACAUUUAAUCGUUUUCUAUGUGAUCUUAUUUCGGCUGUUAUUAAAAGAAUUGUUCGAAAUCUUUCACUUGCUAAAACUAUAUGCCAAGAUCGACUUAAUGAAAUGUCAUGGCGUGAUGGAUUUACUGAACAAAUGUUUAUACGUUUUCGGCAUAUUAUUGAUUUUGAAUUAGCUAUUCUACAAUAUUUAGCUAGUUCAUUGAUUACAGUGUCACUACCAAUUUCAAGAAUGUUUUUUCAAAAAUUACAACAAACUGUUGUUAAAUUAGUUGUUUCUCCGAAUGAAAAUGAAGAUCGUCCUGUAUACGAAUCUGAUGAAUUAUUACUUGUUCAAAUUCAUGGUGAAAUCGAUACUACAUAUCAUCAAUUACCAUUACGUACUGUUAAACAAGUUUUUGUUGAAGUAUUAACAAGUCAAGAAAUGAAUAAAAAAACAAAAACAAAAGUUACUAGUCUUGAUCAAGUAAUUUUAUUUGAAUAUAUAUUUAUUAGAUAUUUAUGA